CCACCGCCGGCCGCGGAGGAGACAUAACCCCAGCCAGGCGGCUGCUACUGUCCUACCUAGAGAACAUCCUUUCUAUGGGACAACAAGUGAACUGCUGCCGCCGCCACCGCCGCCUCACACUGCAGCAGGGGGGCACCGCUUGGCCCAGCUCUCACCACCAGGGCGCAACAGCACCAAUUACUAAAUCUGUGUCCCUUGCACCAUUUUAACCCCACAACUCCUGAGCAUCCUCCCACUAAGCCGGUUUUUUGGAGGGGGUGGGGGGAGUUCUUUGCCCUUUAGAUUUUUUUAUCACCAUCACUCUCCAGCCCUCCCCCCGUUUUGGGGGUGCUGAUUCCCUGCUUUGAAGUGCAGAAAGAAAAUCAGUUGUGGGGGGGGAGGUUUGGUUUGGUUUUUUCACUCACACGGUCCAAGGCAUGAUGCUGAAGAUGCUCCCGUUUAAACUGCUGCUGGUGGCCGUGGUUCUGUGCUUCUUUGAGGGGGAUGCAAAGUUUGGGGAGAAUGGAGCAAGGAGGAGAAAGUGCCUGAAUGGUAACCCACCGAGGCGCCUGAAAAAGCGAGACAGGAGGAUGAUGUUCCUGGAACCUGCCAGCGGAGGGGAGAUGAUGUGUCGUGGCUUGUACCCUCGUCUGUCCUGCUGCUCCAGGACUGACAGUCAGGGGCUGCUGCACAUUGAGACUAAGAUAUUUUCUGUUACCAACAACACAGAAUGUAUGAAGCUACUGGAAGAAAUCAAAUGUGCACACUGCUCACCACAUGCUCAGAACCUAUUCCAUUCACCUGAGAAAGGGGAAGCAUCUGAAAGAGAACUAGCUCUUCCCUUCCUGUGCAAAGACUAUUGUAAAGAAUUCUAUUAUACUUGCAGAGGUCAAAUACCAGGGUUUCUCCAAACUACAGCUGAUGAGUUUUGCUUUUACUAUGCAAGAAAAGAUGGUGGCUUGUGCUUUCCAGAUUUUCCAAGAAAACAAGUGCGAGGCCCAGCUUCUAACUAUUUGGACCAGAUGGAAGAAUAUGACAAAGUGGAAGAGAUCAGCAGAAAGCACAAGCACAACUGCUUCUGUAUUCAGGAGGUUGUGAGUGGUUUGAGACAGCCUGUUGGUGCAGUGCACUGUGGGGAUGGAUCACAUCGUCUCUUUAUCCUUGAGAAGGAAGGAUAUGUGAAGAUUUUCACUCCUGAAGGGGACAUAAUUAAGGAACCGUUUUUGGACAUACACAAGCUUGUUCAAAGUGGAAUAAAGGGAGGAGAUGAAAGAGGACUGUUAAGCCUUGCAUUCCAUCCCAAUUAUAAGAAAAAUGGAAAGCUGUAUGUGUCUUACACCACCAACCAAGAACGGUGGGCCAUUGGGCCUCAUGACCACAUCCUUAGGGUCGUAGAAUACACAGUAUCCAGGAAAAAUCCACACCAGGUUGAUAUGAGAACAGCAAGAGUGUUUCUAGAAGUAGCAGAGCUACACCGAAAACAUCUAGGAGGACAGCUUCUGUUUGGCCCAGAUGGCUUCUUAUACAUUUUCCUUGGUGAUGGAAUGAUCACUCUAGAUGAUAUGGAGGAGAUGGAUGGUUUAAGUGAUUUUACAGGUUCUGUAUUACGUCUGGAUGUAGAUACUGAUUUGUGCAAUGUUCCUUAUUCCAUACCACGGAGCAACCCACACUUCAACAGCACUAAUCAACCCCCUGAAAUUUUUGCACAUGGACUCCACAGUCCAGGCAGGUGUGCCGUGGAUCGCCACCCAACAGAUGUAAAUAUUAAUUUAACAAUACUUUGCUCAGAUUCAAAUGGAAAAAAUAGAUCUUCAGCAAGAAUCUUGCAAAUAGUAAAGGGGAAAGACUAUGAGAGCGAGCCUUCACUUCUAGAAUUCAAACCAUUCAGUAGUGGACCAUUGGUCGGUGGAUUUGUAUACCGAGGUUGCCAAUCUGAGAGACUUUAUGGAAGUUAUGUGUUUGGAGACCGCAACGGAAAUUUUUUAACACUGCAACAGAGUCCUGUGACCAAACAGUGGCAAGAGAAACCUCUAUGUCUUGGCAACAGUGGCUCAUGUAGAGGCUUCUUUUCAGGACACGUUUGGGGAUUUGGUGAAGAUGAAUUAGGUGAGGUGUACAUUUUAUCAAGCAGCAAAAGUAUGACACAGUCUCACAAUGGAAAACUCUACAAGAUAGUUGACCCCAAAAGACCUUUAGUUCCUGAAGAAUGCAAAAGAACAGCUCAGUCUGCACAGAUACUGAAGUCUGAAUGCUCAAGGCAUUGUCGGAAUGGGCACUGCACUCCAACUGGAAAAUGCUGCUGUAAUCAAGGCUGGGAGGGAGAAUUCUGCAGAACUGCAAAAUGUGAUCCAGCAUGUCGACAUGGAGGUGUCUGUGUAAGACCCAAUAAGUGCUUGUGUAAAAAAGGAUAUCUUGGCCCCCAAUGUGAACAAGUGGAUAGAAACAUCCGAAGAGUGACAAGGGCAGGUAUUCUUGAUCAGAUUAUAGACAUGACAUCCUAUUUGCUGGAUCUAACCAGCUACAUUGUAUAGUUUCUGGGACUAUUUGGAUACUACAUUUUCAAUGGGCAUUUAUUUUGAAUCCUGUCAUUUUAAAAGGACUGUUAUCCUGCUAUAAACACCAGUGAUUCAAUUUACUUUUAUUAAUUUAACUAUAAUUUCCAGACAUGUGCAGAUAAUUUUUUUUCAUGUGUGUAUAUAUAUCCAUACAUCAGCACAGAUGUAUAGAUGUACAACACAUGCAAAACCCUAUCAUAAGUGUGGUUGCAUAACUAGUGGAAUUUUUAAAAUAUAUUUCUUCACGUGAAAAAGUUCACACAGUGUUUCCACUUAAACCACACUUUCAUCAAAGAACUGUUAUGAUGUCAUAAUGGAUUCUUUGACAUCCCAGCAAUUUUAAAUCUGUAACUAUCUGAUUAUAACAAUAAAGAGAGGAGUUUUGAAACAUUACUGUACAAACUGCUGGAUUUAAUUAAAUUUAGUUAUAACAGUUUUUAAGGUGAAAUGAACUACACUAUGAGAUAAUAUUUCCAAACUCCUUAAUGCAUUCCUAAGUAGGCAAUUCUUUGUAAGAUUGUAACCUUCACCUUCAUCAACAUAUCUCUAUUACAGAAUGUUAUGCACUUACUUCUUUAUCUGGCAUAGAUGCAGAAAUCGGGUUAUCGCAACUUAAUAUCAAGAUUGUUUCAAGUGUUCAAUAAUUAAAUUAUAUCAGCAUAUUUCAAAACCAGUCAUCCUAGAAGGUCUGCUUUUUAUCAUAUAUUUUAUUUAACAUUGGGCACUGGGUUCAUGUUACAUAUUUAUAUUAUUUUAUUUUAUUUUAUUUUUAUAAUAUAGACAUCACCUAGAUGAAACAGCUUUACCAUGUCCUGUAAAAUACUAAAGUUACAUUUUUCACCAACUUAAUUGGAAUGACGGGGAAUGAGAGAGCAAACACUUAAAUGUGUUGUGGAUCUAAUCUAGACAUGUUUUCUUGUGUCAACAUGUAUUCCUUUACGACGGAUGAAAAAGCAACCACCAAUCAAUCUUUGUAGAAUUCCAGCAUAUCAUAAAAAUGUUUAUAAAAAGUGCUUUUCACUGUAACAGGACUGCCCAGAUUAUACAUGAUUAGACUGUUACAGAUUUCACACGGAAUGGAACGUCACUGGACAAGAGCUCACUUUAGCAGAUCUUGGCUACAUAAGGUGUCACUUGUACAAGACAUUAUAUGACAAUUAUUGCCAAAUAUGGUUUUAAAUGUAAAUGUUCCUUGAAGAGUUAACAAAAAAUGAAUUUUGUAAAUGUAUCAAUAAAUUUGGUGUACAUGCUGUAUUCAGGUUUUUUAAAGCAUUAGUUAAUAUUUUAACUGUAAACACCUUCAGACCAGGGGACCACCCCCAAUCUGCCCUGUCCCUUGAUCCCCUGUGAUGUGUGGCCAGAUCUCUGUGUUCAUACCUAUCACAUACAAGGUUUCUGUUGCACUAGUGCCUUAUAGAAAAACUUACCUACAAGAGAGAACAGAACAACCACAAUGUUCCCAUCACAGUCCUAUAAACUGCUGUUCCUAUAUCAACAAUGGAUAGUGGUUUAAGCAAUGCAGUCUAACAUAGUCCAGCAAGAUUUCUCACCAAUAAGAAAAUGACCUCUAUAGAACAGUGACUUGUAACUAAUUUUCCAUUAAUGGAUGUUUUCAGUCUCUUAUUUUAAUACAUCUGAAAUUUGCAAGGAAGGCAAGCCUGUGUUAAGAGACUGGCUAAAGUGAACAGAAAGCUACUCUUGCCUUCCAUAUACGAUUACUUGGGUUUCAGCUGACCUCGUGCCAAAUGGAAAUUGGUUGAGAAAUCUUGGUUGAGUGCUUAGUGAACAAUAGUCUGCAUUAAAAAGUGCAUGCAUAAUUUUGCACAAUGUAGACUCAAGUGACAGUCUAUUCAAAGAAGUCUCAGGAUUAAAUGAGCAUGGAGACCAAAUUGCCCUCUUACCCCAGAAAAGGGUGGUCCCUUCUAGUCACACUAACACUUCAUUGGCUAAGCAGUGUGACAAAUCUUGCAAUGAACCCUGCAGUAGCCUGCAUCUGUAGGUUAAUAGCAGCUCUUUGUCUCCACUGCUUUCUGCCUAUAGUCUUUUUACUGAAUUCCAUCACAAAAAGUUUUACAAUUAAAAAAAAUGUCCUGACAACCAUUUUUGUAAAUUGACCUUACCAACUAAUCUUCCCUUAUUCAACGUGGGUGACAUUAACAAAAUGUGAACUUCUGGUGAAUGAGCCAGCUGUCUAAAUCUGUCAAAUUGUGCGGUUUUAUUAUGCAUUAUACUAUUCAUAGAGUCGGCAAAACAAGAAUAAAGUUACUGCAGUAUUAUGUGUAACAUUUAAAUAUCCAACCCAACUAGCAUUUUUUUCACUUCCUUUAACAAAAGUAAUUCUGAGCUGUAACUUACAGACUAAUACAGCUACCCUUCUGAAACCUGUUCAUAUCAGCAGCGACUCUUAAAUAUUUUCAAUACCUAACUGAAGAGGAAUGAUACACCAUUUUUACUAGUCACUUUCAAGAUCUUUGAAAAGAACUGAGCCUUAAGUGACAUUAUCUAUUUUGGUAAAAGACUAAAUUCUUCUAGUAAGAAGUUAUCCACAGUCACAGAUGUUAGCUUAAAACUACAAAAUGUCUAGUAUCCAGAUGGCCCCUAGUUACUGUUACUGGUGAAAAGAGACAUCAGCACUCCAUUAAAGACUGAGGGUAAAAUCCUGGCCUCAUGAAAAUCAAUGACAAAACACCGUUUGACAGAAGUGGGGCAGGAUUCCAUCCUAAAAAUGUAAACAUCCAUAUCAAUUUAUAAAAUAAAAUCAAUUUGACACAUUCCAGAAAUAUUGCAACACUAUUACUAAGAACCGGUCUAAAAUAUCGGGGGUGAGGGGAAAGGGGGAGAUAGAGAGGAGUUUGUGUUUCAUUGCAUUAUUAAACAUCUUUUCCAUCCUGUGGAAGCAGGCCUCUUUCCAUUAAGCCCCUAAGGGUGUGUAACAUAACAUGAGGACUGUCCAUUUGAAACAAGUUUGAACGACAUAUUUUUCGUUAGACGUUUGAACUGCAUAUUUUUCAAAAGAAAUUACACUAAUUAUUGAAAGGGGUGAGUAAACUAAGGUCACCCUCUCUCACCUUUUCCUGACCUGACAGUCUAAAAUGUCAAAGAAGUUUGACCGCAGAGAACUGAUAUGCAAAAAUUAAAUUAUUUCUGUAGCACUCUUAUUGCUAGUGAGCCAUUCUUAUGUAUUCAGUAAGAGUUUUCCAGCAUAAAAAACAGAGCUUCCAAAUGAAACUGGCUAAAUGGGGCAAACAGCUAAGGAGACCAAGUAGGGUUUUUUGCAUGUGCUUGAGUUUCUCUCUUCUCUCUACUGUCUUUUAUUUUAAUAAGGUCAUUAUGAAACACAUCUAUGCCUUUGUUUCCAACACAAUAUACAUUUCCAACAUUCCUUCAGGUGUCUUUUCCCUCAAAGAAGAAAAAAUGUAUUUAUAUCAACAUAGCUCUAUUCUAGCUUCCAGUUGGAUUGUACUCACUUAUAUUUCUCAUUUUACUACUUUACACUGGGGAACUAUGUUUCCGCUCCCUGAAAAAAAUAGCAUACACCACUGAUCUGGUGGAAGGUCUAAUAUUUUCAUAUCCAUUGAAUCAUCUUCUCUACUCCACAUAUGGCAGUAUGAGAUGCAAAGACUUGUUCUGUUAAGAAUUUGCCAAACUAGCCCCAAAUUGUUCUACUUUCUAGCCACAAAAAUCAUUAAGCUGAUUUUUCUGACUUGUCCAACUGAAAAUAUUAGCCUAAAACCAUCCCUCAAAUUGGCACAAAACAUCUUCCACUGGUUUUAAGGGAACUACAUGUGCCCAUCAAAGAGCAGAUGUUGGCCCACAGUGUCUACAAGUUCUUAGAGGUUACUGUGUUCCACUCAUCCAAAUUAUCCAAAUAUCAAUAUCAGGGAGAACUAUUCUCUACUGGCAGCAGCAGCAGCUCUGGGCACCAGUGCUCCAAGCACAUGCCUGGGGCGGCAAGCCACGGGAGGCCCCCUACCAGUCCCUGCGAAGGUGGCAGUCAGGCAGCCUUCAGCGGCACGCCUGCGGGAGGUCCACCAGUCCCAC